GAAGAAGAAGAAGAAGAAGGCUCUCGGCUGCUGCUGCUCCUGUUGUUCUGCUUUCGUCCACUUCUCUAUUUGAACAGCUUGUCUGCUGCCUCUGACCCAAAGGAAAAGAAACAACUAAUUAUAGAAACAAUGGAGGUCCUGGCACUGAUGGACUUUGAAGGCACCAUGGCGGAUGAGAUAACGAUCAGAGCCGGAGACAUAGUCAAGAAUGUAGCCAAGUCCAGUGAGGAGGGCUGGCUGGAGGGGGAGCUGCGGGGGAAGAGGGGCAUCUUCCCCACCAACUUUGUCAAGGAGGUUCCAGUCUAUUUGAUUGGUGACAGUAAGAGGGAGCCACGGAGCAUCAGAAAAACAAAGAGGAUUAAACAGAGCAGGAAAUGUGAAGUGAUUUUUGCCUAUGCUCCUCUGAACGAAGACGAGCUGGAGCUCGUUGUGGGUGAAACCCUGGAGGUCAUCAAAGAGAUUGAAGACGGAUGGUGGAUGGGAAUGAGAAACGGGAAGAUCGGAGCCUUUCCUUCAAAUUUUGUCAAAGAAAUCUUUGUUGCUCCCAAAGACAACAAACACAGUGAGGCCAAAGCACGACCCAAACUCACGGACGCAGUGUUUUGUAAAGAGAUUACUCAGCGAACGAGUCUGAGGAACAAGGGGAGUAAAGUGCUGGAGUGUUGCCAGGUCAUGUUCGACUACAAGGCCAAAGCAGACGACGAGCUGGAGCUGAAGAAGGGAGACGUCGUCGUGCUCCUCAGAAAGGAAACAGAGGAUGAAGGCUGGUGGGAGGGAGAGCUGAACGGACGCUGUGGCUUCUUCCCUGAUAACUUUGUCAUGGUGAUACCGCCGAUGGACAGUCUUCAAUCUGGGACCAAAAGUCAGCCACCUGUUCGCAACGUCACCAACAAACCUCCAGAUGAUAAACCAGAGGCCAAGGACCUGAGGACCAAUCCUCCGACCAAGGUGAAGUUGCCAGUGAUCAGCCGGCCCAGCCCACCUCCAGUCAAAGAAAAACCCAACAGGGUUUCACCCCAUAGAACCAAUGGUGAUGUGGCUCCGCUUUCACCAAAACAAGUGGAGGAGAUUGAAGGAGACCAGUUUGACGGAGUAGAUGUACAGACAGAGAAACUAAGUCAUCCUACAGCAAACAGAGCCAAACCUCCUCAGAGGAGACCCCCGACAGCCCAAGUCACAGCGACACAGGUGGGUCUAACCUAAAUGACUUUUGCAACAAAAAUUC